AUGGAGACGCCGGCGGCGCCCGGCAGCGGGAGGCGGGGGAGGCAGCGGCGGGGCCACGCGGUGCUUGCCGUGAUCGGCGAGGUCGGCACCGAGCAAGAGCGGGAAACGCUGCGCCGGAGCCUCGAGCGCGGUAAGGACGGGCGGAGGGAGGGAGGGAGAAGGGGAGGCCUGCCGGAAGCCGCCGCUGCCGCCGCCUGCGCGUUCAGCACCCUGGAGAGGGCCUGCCGUGUCGCCGCCGUCGGGAGCACCUGAGGGGCGCGUGACCGGUUGGAUCUGGCCCUGGCGCGGCGCUCCCUGGGCCGGAAUUCCCAAGCGCGGUGGCGUCCCCAUCCCCGGAGAGUCCGUGGCUGGGAGGGGGCGGGACACUGGCCGCCAAGAGGAGGAAGGAUAAGCGGGUCGCCAGGCCCAGCCGCCGCCGCUGGACCUGCCCAGGGAGCUCGCUGAGCGGGGCGGCUUCUUCUGGCCGGAGCCUUCUCCUUGCCCGCUGCUACCUGGGCAGGAGCCCCCGAGGCGCUACUCCCUGGAAGAUCCACCUGGCGGUCAGUCUUCUUGCCAUUUUAAUUUUGCCGGUUCGGGAGUAACUGAAGACAAAUUUGCUCUGUCAUCUAUGGGAGAGCCCGGGAACUGUCAUCGUUUUCGUCUAUUAGUCCUUUCUUCUUAAACUGCUGCAGUGCCCAGAAGUACAGGACUCCAGCUGAAGGCUGACCAAAGCAGAAUUUAGCGGUCCCAUAGCUUAUCGUGAUCCAGACACUAUGUUUCUGUUGUAGCCUAGAAUUGUAUUAGCCUUUUUAGUAGCGGCAUCACAUUGCUGGCUCAUUUUUAGCUCAUGGUGUGCUAAGAAACCUGGCUCUACUGUCAAGCCAGGUGCUUUCCACCCUGUACUUGUGUGUCUUGAUUUUCCUACCUAAAUGCAUAAUGUUGCAUUUAUCUGUGCUGAAAUUAAAUUUGUUACUUUGGUCCAGUUCUUCAUCAUGCUAGACUCACCUUGAAUUUUGUUGGCUUGGUGAUAUCUGCUGAUUUGAUGAACAUUUUCUCUACUCUUUUGUGUCCAAGUCUUUUAUACAAAGUUGUUGAGCCACCAGCUACACAUCUGCAUAACAGUAGCAGGUCUUUCAUGUGGGGGUGGGGAACCUUCAUAGGCAGUAUUCUGGGAACUGUUUGUCAAAGAUGGGCAGGACUAGAAGCAAAAUGAGUUGAGCAACAGAUGUGACUCUUCUUAGUACAAUAGACUACAGCCCUGCCACAAUAAAGCCAAUGAUUUCCCCGCACACCCUUCUCCAUCCACUGACACAAUUCAAGGACACAUUUCAGCCAGGCAAAAGCCUAUAGGAGGAACUGGAUCCAGAGCCCUUGAGGGUUUUGGCUUGGGGAAAGUCUAAAGAGUUGGAUAAGGAGUUCUGGAAGUCUCUAUUCUGCCCCUGAAUCCAAGAGUCCCCAAGCUUAGUCUAUCACACAUUUUAGCAGCUUGUCAACAAGAAUAUUGUGGAGGAGCUUGUUGAAAGCCUUGCUGAAAACAAGCUAUACUACAUCUUGUAACAUCCCCCUGUUCUAUCAAGUUAGCUGUAAAAUGGGGGAGGUAGAUGAAGUUCGUCUGGUAUGACUUUUUCUUAAGAAAAUUGACUUGUAGUUGCAUUUCUGUCUGGCACAAUGUUGCUGCUUCUGCUUGAACUGAUGGGAAUGAUGGAGUAUAAAGCUAGGAGUAAACAAAUACAAAGUAUAUACUGUAAUCUUUCCUGCAAAGGGCAUAAGGAAUGAGACAGUAAGUGCACUCCCAAUAAGGCUUUACAGCUGGGGUGGAACCCUUAAUGCCCUCUCUCCUCAGGAACUCCAGCCUGGCAGGGGGGAAAGGCAUGCAACCCCACUGACCAUGUAUCCAGGUAAGUGAGGAAGGUUCCUCUUCUCUGCAGCCUGGAGGGUGUGGCUGGUGCUUGCCCAGCUGCUGCCAGCAAAAUGUCCCAUAUUGGCCCUCCCCCAAGAAUGCAAAUCAGUGUCAUGGGAUUGACACUGCAGUGCUAUUCAAGGACCUCCUAGUUGCAGCUCUGAUUUUCAGCAACUUAUGGGAAACCCACAUCUUUCUUGCUGCACAUAAGGGGAGCAGAUGGAAGCAAGCUGGCAAGCUUGGAAAGAGGCAGGUAGUGGCUGCUGCUGCUGUUGCGGCUGCUGCUGUGGUGUGUAGUUGGUGCUGCAGUGCAGCUUUCUUUCCUGCUAGUUCCUGGACUUUCUCUCUGCAGUGAGUGUGAAGCAGGAGCAGCAUGAAAGUGCCUCCUUGGUGAGCAGGAAGUAGGUGAGGGCUCUUUUCUUACCUGGCAUUCUCCAGGAAUGGAGUAAAGGCAGCCCUCUUGUCUCUCCUUAGGGUGAUAUUUGUAGCACCUUGUCAAUGUGGAUGGGUCAUUUCAAGGGAAUGAAAGAGGAAUUGCCACUGUGGUUGGCUCCUCCUUUGGACAUAUGGAAAUCACCUCCUUUUCUUUUCUUUUCCUCCCCUGUGGUUGGCUGAAUCCUUUUAAAGCAGUCUUACACUGCAGGGUUUGUGGAGAGGGGCUGUCUUUGUAAGUCUGGAAGGGCAUUGCUUUAUUCUUAUUUAAUUUCAAAAAUACAUAUCUCUUGUUUUUAAAUUUAAAUAAGUUUCUAAAGCAAUGCACAAUACUGGUAAAACAGCACAAUGUAAAUGUAAUAGCACAUUAUUAUUAAUUUUUAACUCAAAAGAUCAGUGGAAAUAAAAUAAGUUGGACAACAUAACAGGGAAGAUAAAACAGGCUGUACACAAUUCAGCAAAUAAAAUUAAAAUGUUGCUCAUGAAAAGCUCCUACAAAUGAAACAGUCUUUAUCUGGCACUGGAAACUUAGCAAACGUGUGGAGCAGCUGUAUAUGGAGGGCGUUGCAGUGAUGGGACAUAAUCUCUCCAGCUACCACCUGCCUUGCUUCUGCAGGCAAAGGAAGGUUUGCAUAGGAGUAGGUGGUCUUCCAGAUAGCAAGGUUCUAAGGCAUAAAUGAUUUUAAAAGGUAAAACUAGCAGUUUACCUGGGGGAAAUGGGAAAUCUGGAGCUACUUUUGAACAUAAUGGUGUGUUCCUCAUUACUAGUACCAAGCAAUAACCUAAACUGCAGCAUUUUACAUUUCUGCAUUGUCUUCAAAUAUAAUCUAAAGAUAGAUGGGCAUAGUAUGGGCAAUAGUGGCAAGGGGUCACAGCUAGUGAACCUGACUAGUCUGAUGAUGCAGAUGCCCCAGGAUAUCCAAAUUAUUAGAAGGAUUUAACAGCACUCCAAAAUUCUGGGCUUGAUCCUUAAGGGGUGUAUAGUCCCAUUCCGAAUAGGCCAAAACUGUCUUCCUAGUCACAUUUUAUUUGUUUCUUAAUUUAUUGCAUUUAUAACUCUCCAUUUCCUCCAUGGAGUAUGAGGUGGUAUACAUCAUGCCCCUCCUUCUUCAUUUAACUCCCACAACAGCCUUGUGAGGUAGGUUAGGUUGAGAAGCAGUGAUGGCCCCUGGUUACCCAGUGAGCAUCAUGGCCAAUUGGGGAUUUGAACCCUGGUCUCCCAAGUCCUAGUCUGACACUUUAACUUCUAUACCAUUCUGGCUUAGAUGAAAUUCCUCUAAAAAGCAGUUCUGUCUUGCCUGGACUCACAUAGUAUAUAAGCCCCCAUCCAAUCCAUUACUGACCUCUGACACCUAUUCAGAACUAUUUGCUCCUCUUGUUCACCUGAAACCAGAACUCUUCCUGCUGGGACUAAUGGCUGUACAACUAGAAAAAGAAUAUGGAAUACAAUAUAUGAUCACAGCAGUGAGAUUUUAAUAAGCACAACAAAGACAGAAGAACUUACUAUUACCUACUAUGAAAGAAUGGUUAUUGAAAUUAAUGGAUUUGGCUGAGAUUGCAAAGUUGACAUGUUAGAGAAAAAUCAUUGUUGACAUUUUGAAGACUGAAAAAAGUUGGUUUAUGUAAAGUAGAAGAGUUGGAUGUUAUUGUGGAGUAAGUUUUUGCACAAGCUUUUAAAACUAAUAGAUGGAGAAUUGGAAAUCUUUUCUUUUUCUGUAACUUAUUUAUUUUAGCUUUUAUUUUUAAAAAUGCUGGAAAUUUAAUGCUGAAUUCUUUAUAUUGUUUAUUCCUUGUUUGUUUUUCAAGCUUUAAUAAAAAUAGCUUUUUAAAAAAAUUACUUUUAGCUCCUCUCCUAAAUUCAAGGAAGACUGGAAGGUCCUUGAGGGACGUUUUCCUGAUUCCCACUAUUUCACUUCAUUCAUUCCAGCAGCACCAUGAUAAGCUGAAUGUUAGGGAACAUAAUGAGGAAAUCUGUUUUGUAUGGAGUAUAGAUUACAAUGUAUGCAACUGAAAUUGGUACAUAUUGUUUGGUCUUAAAUUGUUCUGUCAUUAUCAAAUUGAGCAUACAUGCUUCUUGUGUGUAUGUCUUGUACAUUUUAAAUAACCUUAGAAAUGACAGCCAGAUAGCCUGUCUUGGGUGGUCCCAGUUUCAUUCUUUAUUGUCCCAGUUCCUUUAGUCUUUACUGAAAUUGGAAUAUUCUGUGUACAGUUUUGACCAGAACCUGAGACUGGAUAGCCCAGGGUAGAAGAGAUGCAUUUCAUUCAGGGUGCCCCAUUGCAUUGAAAGGUAUUCUCCCCCCCCCCCCGGUCUAUUCAAACAAAUUAAGCCCAAUAGUGUUAGAAAAAAUAAAUACUUUAGCUCCAGGUCAGUCCCCUGGUACUCCAGGGAGCUUGUGGUCAUAAAUCUUCAGUAGCCCACUGUAAUUUACUUGCAAAUAACUUCAAAUUGGGUUCUGCUUUGAAUACUGCAAAAAUAUGGGCUGCUGCCUUGACUGCAUCUGGUAGCACUUGCUUGGAUGAGUUUCAGUUGUUGCAGCCAGAGGGUGAAGGCAGGAUGCAUGGAGAGACAAAGUUUCCCACUUCUGUGCUCUGUUGGAAGCUGCUGCCAAAUAAACCUUCCUUGGACCAUCACCAUGAGCUAAAUAUAAAUCAGCAAUCCAAUGCAGUAACUAAAAAGGCCAAUACACUUCUAGACUGCAUUAACCAAUGUAUAAAAUAUCCACACCACAAAACUAAUGAUGGCACCCUAUUCUGCUUUGGUCAGACCUCAUCUAGACCUACCUGUGUCCAGCUGUGGUGGGCACAGCAGCUGAAGGAGUUCCCAACUGGAGUAUGCCCAGAAAUGGGCAACAAAGAUGGUGAGGCCCCUGGGAACCACAUCCUGUGAGGAAAAGAUGAAGGAGGUGGGUAUGUUUAGCCAGGAGAAGAGACCAUUAAGAGGUGAGAUGAGACAAAACCAUGUUCAUAUACUUAAAGAGUGUCUCAUAGAUAAUGGAGCAAUUUAUUUCUCCAGAGAAUAGGACCAGAACUAAUAGGUUAAAAUUAUAGGAUUUCUACUAACCAUUAGAAUGAGCUUUCAAUGGUGGAAGAGACUGCCUUGGAAGGUGGGGGGCUCUCCUUAAUUAUAGGUUUUUUAGUGCAAGUUGUAUGGUCACCCAUCAUAAAUGCUUUAGCAGUAGACUGACAAGUGGGGCUGAGCUGAGGUACCUUCCAGUUCUUUGUGUGUCCAGCCUUACUCAUUGAUACAGGUGCUUGAAUUGGUGGUAAGGACCUGGCUCCAAAUAUUCCUAAAUGGUGCUGAUGAUAUGGACUUAUUUCAUCUCACUUCCAGCCUGCUUUUAGGACUAAAACUGCUUUGGUCAGCAAGGCAACAUCGAUGAAGCUGAUCAGCAUUGAUGAAGCUGGUCAGUGCAGUGUACAUCACUGCAGUGUAGUAUAAAUCUGUGCUAAAUGAAAUAGGACAUACACAAGCCCAUUCUUCAGCUUUCCAUAGUGCCAGGUGGCUGAGGCAAACAGUCCCUAUGAAGGAAUAUUCUCUGGACAGUGUGGAAGAAACUCAACUCAUGGACCUGAAGGUGACUCCCACCGCAUGAUGGGGAAGCCACAUGGAUUACCUGGAGAGGCUAAACUGCUGUUUGGAAGGACAGACUGAGCACCCUGCUGGGAUAGGAAGGUGAUUAGCCCUCAUAGAUUACGUGGAUUAAAGAGCAAACUCUGAGGCUAUCAGGAUGCUCAGGGGCUUUGGGAAAGUGAUUAGGCAGUAGAAGCUUGGACUAGAGUUGGACUCUCAUCCAAGGAGCAAAGCAUCCAAUGCACAGAAAAGGACUCUUGUUCCUACUGGGUGGUCAAACCCACUUCCUUUUUUUUUUUUUUUAAUAAUUUUUUAUUAAGGUUUUAAACAAACAAAAAAGAAAAACAACACACACAAAAAACAAUACAAAACUUAACAAUAAAAACACAAAACAUAACACUUAAAAACAAACUCUCUUUUCCAUUUCCAAUUUUAAAUUACUUAUUUUCUGGACUUCCUCAUACCUCCCUCUUUUGUAUUCCAAUCCACAUUAUUUGUCCAGCAGUUUCUUUUCCACUUUUUAAUCUCAAUCUUUAAUUUAAUAAAACAUUAAAAUAUAUAACUUCAACUUUUUAAACCUAAUCCUUGAUCUUAAUGUCAUAUAGCUUUAAAUUUUUCCCUUUUAUUAUCAAAUUUCCAUUUCUUUAAACAUCUUUAAUCUUGAUCUUUAAUCUUAAUCUAUCCUUAACUUUAACCUGUACAGCUGGAAACCACUUGUUUUCAGUCCAACAUCACUCUAACAUUCCUUAAUUUUGCAAUGUUUCUGAAGAUAGUCUUUGAAUUUCUUCCAGUCUUCCUCCAUCGACUCUUCUCCCUGGUCACGGAUUCUACCAGUCAUUUCCGCCAAUUCCAUAUAGUCCAUAAGUUUCAUCUGCCAUUCCUCCAGCGUGGGAAGUUCUUGUGUCUUCCAAUACUUUGCGAUAAGUAUUCUUGCUGCUGUUGUUGCAUACAUAAAGAAAGUUCUAUCCUUUUUAACACCAUUUGGCCUACUAUGCCCAGGAGAAAGGCCUCUGGUUUCUUGGGGAAGGUAUACUUAAAUACCUUUUUAAUUCAUUAUAUAUCAUUUCCCAGAAAGCCUUAAUCUUUGGGCACAUCCACCAAAGGUGAAAAAAUGUACCUUCAAUUUCUUUACAUUUCCAACAUUUGUUAUCGGGCAAGUGAUAGAUUUUCGCAAGCUUGACUGGGGUUAUGUACCACCUGUAUAUCAUUUUCAUAAUAUUCUCUCUUAAGGCAUUACAUGCCGUAAAUUUCAUACCUGUGGUCCAUAACUGUUCCCAGUCAGCAAACAUAAUGUUAUGACCAACGUCCUGUGCCCAUUUAAUCAUAGCCGAUUUUACCGUUUCAUCUUGAGUAUUCCAUUUCAGCAGCAAGUUAUACAUUCUUGACAAAUUCUUGGUAUUGGGUUCUAACAAUUCUGUUUCUAAUUUGGAUCUUUCCACCUGGAAGCCAAUUUUCCUGUCCAAUUUAAAUACCUCCAUUAUUUGAUAAUAAUGAAGCCAGUCUCGCACUUUGUUUUAUAGUUUUUCAAAACUCUGCAAUUUCAGUCUAUCUCCGUCUUGUUCCAAAAUUUCCCAAUAUUUCGGCCAUUUGACCUCCAUAUUGACCUUUUUCAAAGCUUUCGCUUCCAUUGGUGACAGCCACCUUGGGGUUUUAUUUUCUAGCAAAUCCUUAUAUCUUAUCCAGACAUUAAACAGCGCUUUCCUGACAAUGUGGUUUUUAAAUGCUUUAUGUGCUUUGACCUUAUCAUACCAUAAAUAUGCAUGCCAUCCAAAUACAUUAUUAAAACCUUCUAGAUCCAAAAUGUCAGUGUUUUCAAGAAGUAGCCAUUCUUUCAACCAGCAAAAGGCUGCUGAUUCAUAGUACAGUUUAAGGUCUGGCAGGGCAAAUCCACCUCUUUCCUUUGCAUCCGUUAAUAUUUUAAAUUUUAUUCUGGGUUUCUUGCCCUGCCAGACAAAUUUAGAAAUAUCUUUCUGCCAUCUCUUGAAACAAUCCAUUUUGUCCACGAUCUGCAAAGUUUGAAACAAAAACAACAUUCUGGGCAAUACAUUCAUCUUUAUCGUAGCAAUACGGCCUAGCAGUGAAAGCUUCAAAUUUGACCAAAUUUCUAAAUCUUUUUCACUUCUGACCAACAUUUUUCAUAAUUAUCUUUAAAUAAAUUCCCAUAUUUUGCUGUCAUGUUAAUCCCCAAGUAUUUAACUUUCUUAACCACUGUUAAACCUGUCUCAUUCUGAAACCUCUCUCUUUCAAACGGUGUUAAAUUUUUCUCUAAAACCUUGGUUUUUGACUUGUUCAAUUUAAAUCCUGCCACUUGACCAAAUUCUUGAAUCAGUUCUAAAACCCUUUUUGUACUAGAUUCUGGCUCCUGUAACGUCAAUACUAAGUCAUCUGCAAAUGCUCUCAAUUUAUAGUGUUUAAUUCCGACCUGUAUACCUUUAACCAUCUGGUCCCUUCUAAUCAUAUUCAGCAGAACCACCAGGAGGUCAAACCCACUUCCUCACCCAAGGUACAAGCCAGGCCUGUGUUCCUCUUAAUCAGUGUACAGCUUUGGUCUCUUCCAGGAGAGCACAUGAACUCAUUCCUCUCUCCCUUUCUCUCAACAGGUCUUCGCUCAUGGGACAUUGACCUCUCUUCCUGUGACCUUAAUCAGCAACUGAGACUGUUUGUUACACGUCAUCUUGCACAUUUUUCAUCAGAGGUCAAAGGUCAGUGCCCACCUUGUUUAUCUUAAUUUUUGAGAUUUGCAUUUAUGCCCAGAGCUACUGUCAGCUUUGAGGGAGGCUUCUGGGGUGAUGUGCUGUCUCCUGGUGGCUUCAGAAAUAGGAGCAGAGCUCUGUCUGCUGCCAGCCUUACUCUUUCCUACAGUGCACUGGGAUGCUAGUGGCAUCUGACCCAGCCCCAAGGGAGAGUCUAUGGGGCACAAUGGGCUACUCCAAGUUGGGGGGGGGGAGUCCAAGUUGGGGGCUAGGAAGCAGCCUCAGGCUGCAGUUGCAGCACCAUGGACAGCUCCAAAUGGGCAGCUUGGAGUUGCUGCACUCCACUGACAUUUUAUGUUUGUAUUGGGCUGGGGUCCUCAAACUUUUUAAACAGGGGGCCAGUUCACCGUCCCUCGGACACUGUUGGGGGCUGGACUAUAGUUUGAAAAAAAUAUGAACUAAUUCCUAUACACACUGCACAUAUUUUAUUUGUAGUGCACAAAAAACAGGAAAAACAAUACAAUAUUUAAAAUGAAGAACAAUUUUAAUCAACAUAAACAAGCCAGGCCCAAGCCAGGGGUGAGGUGGGGUAGGGGGAUCCCCUCUCAAAGUUUCUGCAUUUGCAUAUAAUAUUUUGGGGUGGGGCCACCGAAGGCUACAUAAAUGUGCUGUUCCACACAAACUCCCAUUUCAAUACACACACCUUUGAAGGGGAAAGGGCAAGAUAUUGCUGUGGGAGCAGGAGGGAGGAAAAGAGAUGCCUGCUAUCCCACCGCAAGGCUGUGGCAGUUGAGGGCUGGCAGUGGAGACCACGCAGCUUGCCCUUCCAGACUUACAGCAUUGGGGAAGGGGGGUGUUUGCUCCACACGACCUCCCACCCAACAGCACCCCCUAAACAUCCGACUCGCCCCCUCCCCUUUCCCAACCAUUAGGAGGGAAGUGGUUGUGGGAGGGGGGAGAACCCUCCUCACCUUUCACCCCCCAAAAAUAAAACACCCGCCCAUUCAAGUGAGGGGGGGAUGAGGAGGCGAACCCCCACCACCACUUCUCCUCACAGGAAGGAGGCUCCGCUGCCACUGCAUGGUCCGGCCCCACUGCGCCCCCGCCACCGUUCAUAGGAGGAGGGCAGUCCGGCUGAGGAGGAGUGGGAGGGCUGAGGCAGGUGGUGGCGGCAGUGGUGCAGGGUGGCACACUGAGGCAGCUCCUGCUCCUCCCGCUGCUGCUGUCUGUGGAGCUGUCUCCUCAGCUCCACUGCUGCAUGAAUGAAGAGCUGGCGCCUCAUAAACACCCUCCUUUUCUCCCCUCCCCCACUUCCUCCUCUCCUUUGGGUUCUGCAAUGGCUGGGCGGGUCAGUUUUAGGACCCUGGCGGGCCAGAUCCAGCCCACGGACCGUAGUUUGAGGACCCCUGGUCUUGGGCCUGAUCUCCCCACUCCUUCAGUCUCUCCCCCAGAUCCUCAAGAGUGGAGACUCCCUGAAGCCAGUCCUUUGGCCUGAAUCCCAGCUAUCACCCUGUUACCUUGAGAGUGGCUGGGGUAACUGAAUCCAGAUGAGUGGCAUAUAAAUAAAUAAAUUAUUAUAAUUAUUAAUUAUUAAUUAUUAUUAUCAUCAUCAUCAUCCUCUCCCGCUUUCUAUAUCACCCGUGUUUGGGAGUGGGGUAGGGGUGGGGUGUCAAGGGUUCCUUGUGAGAAUCAGGCUCCGGAAGUGCUGUCUUUGUGGAGUUGUCUGUGACAGGGGGGUCAGAUACAGACUAAGGCUCAUUGUUGGGGAUUGAAGUUUAGCCCCUUUUCUGUUUGUAUUCCUGCUAUGCCUGGUGCAGCAGGCUUCUCCACUUCUGCUUCAAGAUUCCUGGUAACUGCUUGGGUUCAGGGUCAUGGUAGGCAUCCUGAGGAGACGGAAGCAGGGUGGUGGCAGCUGGAGCUCUGCUUCUUCUGAGCCAACAUCUCCUACAACCAGGACUCAGUUCUGGCACCUCUCAGGUAGGAAUAGGAAUAGACGGGUGGAAAGAUCAAGCUAGAUAUCAUCAGCAUAACACCACAGAGGUAGCUUAGAAGGAACAAAGGGAGGGGGCUGAGAACAGAGAACUAUCAGGUCUCCAAAUGGAAGGAGAAACCAUGGAAAAGAGACUUCAGAACCACAGGAGUUACCGUAAUUCAUGGAAGGAUGUUGCUACAUCUCAAAGAGCAAACUGAACUAAGAAAGAAAGAGAUGUCAAGAAAGAGUGUUGCACUUCCAUCUUUAAGGUGCCACAACACUCUUUGUUGAUGUCUCAUUUAUUAUUCUAAGCUUUAGUGACUGACAUCCACUUCCUUACAUGCAACCAUGGCCAGUGCUGAUGAAAUAAUUGGGGAAGCAGCUUGUGUAAAGCAAGGAGGGACAACCCUGAAGAAUGCGAGAAGUCAGAGAUGCAGGAAAGGAUGUAAACAGGCCUGUCUCCUGAUGCUUUCCCUUCAUGGAAGGAUAGCAAGAGAGUCAGGAGUUUGUGUGCAGCUCAUUACCCAUGGAAUCCUGGCCUUUGGUUCAUGGCUAGAUCUACACAGAGCUCAAUCUUGCUUCUAACAGGUUCUGGUCUGCAAGAUCCCUGGAGAUUUCAGCUCAUGUGUCAUCACCUCUUUAACAUUUCAAAGUCUCCAUGCAAGUCAAUGGAACGGGAGGCUUCUGUAGGAUGAGUUUUAUGGGUAGGAGAGGAUAUAUUAACUGCAAUUUAUCCCUUUUGGCUCCCACGUGUGUAGGUUGAACAGAGUUUUAAAAUCCCAUCCUUGGCAGCAAAAAUUUAAAGCAUAAGAAUUAGGCUGUAGAAUCAUAGAAUUGUAGAGUUGGAAGGAAUCCCAAGGGUCAUCUAGUCCAACCCCCUUGCAAUGCAGGAAUCUCAGUUAAUGCAUCCGUGACAGAUGGUCAUCCAACCUCUGCUUAAAAAGCUCCAAAGAAGGAGGGUCUACUUCAAUGCCUACUUUUAAAGUCCACUGUAAAGCCUACUUUUGAGCAAGUUCAGCUAUGAAAUAACCUGGUUUUCUAUUUCUUACCCCACUUAACAAAGAAUCAAGAAACAACUUGUAAAGUAAGUUUAAAACAAGAUUUACUUCCUUUAUAACCUUCCACUGGUUCACAGUAAAGGCAGCAGUAAAAACUAUGCAGGCAAAACAUGUAUUCAUAUCUACAGUAUAACCAGCUUCAGCCUAUAGCUGGAGCAAGUGGAGGUUUGUCUGUAUCCAAUGCUUGUCAAAGAAAGAAAGGGAGGGAGGGAGGAAGAAGCAGGAAAUGCUACAUGCUCCUUCUACAGCAGAAGAGGGAGAAAUGACAUCACAUAGAUGUCUACCAAUUGUAUUUCUAUGGUCUGAGUAUCUGCCUGUCAACAAUACAGCUCUGUGGUGUUAGCCCCUUCUCAUGCUAACUAGCAAGAAUAUGUAUUUCUAAAGUUUGGCUGCUAAUGUCCCACAUCUUCUACACACAGCUGAGUGCUUGGCUAGGCCACGGUGGAGAGUUAAGCGCAUGACAGAUUUGCUGCAACCUGACAAAUAUGAGAAUCCAAAUCUGCCUCAGCCCUGCUGGUGACCUGAAAUAUUAAGAGCAUUGAAGGUCUGCCAUACACUACUCUGUCCUGCCACAGUCUUCCAGUCAGCAAUAGGGGUGUAACACUGAGCUGCUCCUUGUUUAAUGCUUCCCAGCUCAAUCUGCAAUGCAAGCAUAAAAUGAUGGAUAUCAUGGCAAAAGUGUAAGCUGCACUCUCAGCUUCCACCCAACCUGCAACAGGGGCCUAACAGCUGUGGACAAGUAUUAGACCCCUAUUUUUGGAAACCGUAGGAUUCAGUGUGAGCUGUGCUGCCACUCCCUGCUAGCCACAACCCCUGUCAAGGGGUUAAUGAACAGUAUUUGCUUUGGAGUUUGUAUUAGCAGGGAUAAUUUAAAAAUGUUUCACACUAAAUAAGAAAUGAAUUUGCAACAAAGGAAAGAGUUUCUGCUCUAACAUUUUUUUGGAGGGUGGGUGGACACACUGCUGCCCAAAUCUAUCUAUAUUAAAAUAUUGGACUUUUCCAUUAAUUUCUAUAGGUCACUCUCACUUUCAUCCCUCGAGCAAUUUAGCCUAUCAACACAAUGGUCAACUCUGUCCUUUCUGUAUCUGGGUGUCUCUCUUUUGCUGGAAAAAGUGGAGAGAAAUGGAUCAAGAGAGACUGGAGGAGGAGACAGCAGCACAGAGGCCAAGCUGCCCACCUCCUACUCUCAUUAUGCCUUAUUUGCUCCCCUCCAGUUUUCUUUUCCAACUGACCACAGGUUCCGUGGAUAUGAAGCAAUCUGAAAUCUGAAUUUAAUCUGUGGAAAUCUGAAUUUAAGAUUGGAAAACUGAUAAACUGAAAUAAUGAUACCCACCCAUCCCUAGUGGAUGGUGCUGUUUUGCCUUCAUGCAGAUCUGUACUCACCCCUGAUCUUUGCGAAGAGAGGGAAGGAGGAUGACACACCUAUACAAUGUUUAUUGGGGAGUUGGGGUGAAGUAAUAUUCUUUGCAAUUGUUGUUUCUUAUGAGAUAAGCCAGUAUCACACUCUUCCAUAUAGAACCUCCCUGGAUUGUGUACUCAUUGCAGCUCAGUACAUGCACUUCCAAGUCAGUUAUAGGCACCUGUCAACUCCUGUAGGUGAGGCAUGAAAUUUUCCCUAUUACUCUCUUGCAUGAAGAGGCUGGAAUUCCAUUAUAUACAAAGCCCUUCUAAGACACAAAUGUAUUUCCCAAGCUGAAAAUCACACCUCUACCCUCACAGGCACCAAGCUUUUAUGUGCUGGUCAUCUGUCAGGAAUCAGCUGGAUAUCCUGUUCUGUAGACGUCUUAAUUUCCUGGAGUUUUGCUGCAUUCGCUGGAAUGCAUUAUACUGAUGGAGAUGAUGUCCCAGUCUCCCUGUUCAGCUUUCUCAGUGUUGGACAGAGAAGCACAACUCAAGUGUGUUUGCCACUGCUAGAGAUAUUCUGGGACAAUAUCUGAUCUUCCACAUCUUGAGUAAGAUGAACAGGCCAGCCUCUACACAAAAGAAGAAUAAGACCUCAGAAAUGGCAACAUUAAGAAUUAGUGUUUGUUAAUGGUGAUUUCUUAAUGGUGGUGCUACAUAUAAAUUAAUUAAUCAGUAAGAACAGCAACAGUUUAAUUGCUUUCCUGUUCUUGUUAACCUUAGCAGAACUAGUCCACUAAAUGCAUCCCUUGCCUGGACUAGGUUGGACAUCUCCCUGGACACCUUAAUUUAGACCAGAUUUGAGCUGGGCUUGACAGGCAGAAGCUAUAGCAGGAGUGGCCAAGCACAUACUAGGCCUGGCCAGUUGAAAGGCUUCCUGUUGCCAAUUGCUCUGAAUGUGGCAACACCUCCUCUUCCUUCCAGGCUAGCAAAUCCUUCCAACAGCCAUGAACAGCACUCCCAGGCCAGAGUGGCUUCCUGGCCACAGAAGUGGAACUUCUUGCUUCAAGCCCCCAAACUCCUCCCAUCUCUCUUGUCUUUUUAAUUACAACCAGCCUGGCAGAGCUUAGCAGACCCUCCGGGCAGCAACUGGGGUUAAGAGGACCUGUAAUUCAUUUCGGUUCUCUUAAUCAUAUGGGAUCUGUACGUUCAUUUCCAGGCCCAAGACGACAGCCAAGCAUGGUUUAAUGAUGGGAGGAUGCCUCCUGUUGUGGUUCCCUUUGGGCACCAGAUAGUGACAUUGGAUGUAUGCUAAAGCACAUCCAAAUGGGGGCUCAGCUCAGGCAUGCCAAAUCCUGCUCCCCCCCCCAAAAAAAUAAUUCUCUCUGCAGUUGGGCAUCAUUUUCUUGUGUGGAAACAGCUCCCCACAUUUCCCAGGGAAUCUGGCUUCUCUUCCAUUUUCACAGCAGCCCGUUUCGGUGACUUGGGAGAAAGCCCCUUUGGAAACAACGGGACUUAAUUUGGAGACGACUUGACUGCACUGUUGAUGCAUCCUCUAGAACAGCACUUGCGGGCUCCCCUUCCCCAGGUCUUGCAAGAGGGAAGUGGAGUGGCUCCUUUUGCAUCCACAACCUGAGCGAGCUCCUGUCCUGCGGAAGAGCCGUGCAACGCCCCCCACUUCCAGCCCUCUCUUGCCCCCUUUCCUGCUCAGUCGUGUGCUUGGGCAGUUCGGAGGCUUUGGGCCUUGCCGCGGCUCACGAGGGGUUAAGGCUGCCGGGGCGGGGGGGGGAGCAGCUCCGCCCCCUCCUCCCCCCCACUCCGCCGCCGCCGCUUUGCACUGACAGCAGCUGCCUGGCGCAGCCCAGGCCCAGCCGGCAUCGUCGCGGAGGGCAGCCGAGGGCGGAGGGACGCGUCGCCACCUCACCGGGUACGUGCAUGGGGUGGGGGGAGCGGGGAUGGGACCGGCCGCGGCCGGCCAGCCGGCCAGAGGGGUAGGUUCCUGGGAGGACGAGGGUGGCCAGAGCCCUCCGCGCAUCGCACGGGCCGAGAGGAGGCCCGUCGGGGGACGGAAGGGGGGCUGCACCCCGCAUGCCCGACCUCCGGAAGGGAGCGGAGUGGGGAGAGGAGGGAGGGGGCGCAGCAGCAUCCUCGUCCGCAGGUGCUGCCCCCCCCGGGCUUCAUUGCUUCCCCCCGCGGGGACGUGCCCCGAGGGGUAUCCCUGCCCGGGGGGGGACUGGUCUUGGGCAGAUGGGCCAGCUAGCCCUCCUGGGACUGGAAGGCGGAGGCGCUGGUGCUUUUGCUCCGGAAGGGGCAGCUCGCAGGCUGGCUAGCUAGCCUGCCCAUCAAGGCCUCCGGGAAAGGGUCCGGCCAGCGCCCCCUUUCGCCUUUGCCGGGGAGGGGGGACGCGGUGGCGGAGGCUCUUGAGCGCGCACGCGAGGCGCGCACACUGCGGCAAAUUUUGCAGCUGGCGCCCGCCUGCUCCAAGUGCCGCGUGGGGUGGGGGUGGGGGGCGCAGGGAGUCAGCUUGGCGGCCUCCGGCCUGCCGGACCCCUUGGGAGCACGCCUCCUCCGGGACCAGCCCCCGCCUUCUCAGACACCGAUGCUUCCAGAAGCGGUGCGGGAGGGGGGAUGUUCUCCAAGAGCUCUUGAACGCUGCCGGAGAUGCCGGAGAUGGAUUGGAAAGAAGCACUGCCCCCCCCCCGCACAUGCUUUCUGCUGGCCUGCUUGCCCAGCCCCCGUCGUUCCCCGCGUUGCUGCUCAGAUGUCUCAGCUUAGUCCCGUGGAGUUCCCCCUCUUCUUCCAACAUGGGUGCCCCACCCUCUGGUGCCAGUGAGGAUGCCAGCAGCACGGUGCCAAGCAUCAUCUUGUCUGCCAGUCAGGUCAAGCUCUCUCUCUCUCUGACCCCCCCCCCCAGUCCCACUGCCUCUUGGAAGCCCCUUCCCACAUCAAGGGUCCUAAGCACUUUAGAGGAGCCCUGCAGCUGCAAGAUCAGGCCUAAGGGGGCUCAGCUGGUACUGUACUCUGUUUUCACAAUGGCCAAGCAGGUGCCCCAAGGGGAAGCUCAAAAGCAGGACAAGAGCACAGUGCUCCUCCACAUUUCCUCAGCAUCCUGACCCUGGAGGGAGAACACAGCCAUUUGUGCUUGCACUAAUUGGUAACCUUAUCCCCCUCCAUGAAGUUGUCCACUCCUCUUUUCAAGUUUUCCCCAUUUGUGACCACCAUCACUGCCUCUCCUAGGAGUGAAUUUCAGGGUUUAACUCUGUGCUGCUGUGUGAAGGAGUCCUUCCUUUUGUCUGGCCUGGACCAUCCUGGCUGAGCCAAAGAAAGGAGGCCCCAGAAGCCGCCUGCUGAUGGAAGGCUUUUCUUCCUGCAUGUGGACAAUCUGUGAAAGUCACUAUCUGAAGCUACAGGAACAUCUGUCUAAGAACAAAUCAGUGGGGCUUAAAGGUGCUUAGCUUUGGCUGGAUUGUGCCCUAAGCAAGGCAUUAUCUUUAUUGGAUCAGCUGGCUGGUAUGGAGGAGAUACAGGCUUUUGAGUCAUACAACCCUCUUUAUCAGGCAGAAUGGAAUGGAAGCCAAAUCUUGGGGUGGGGAUGCUGCUUCCUCAUGCAGAAGCUUCCAGUGGCAUCCUGAGGCCAUCCAUUGCAAACGCUUCAACACUAGAGAAGAAUAUCAAUUUGAUUGCCAAAGGUUGCAGGGCAUUACAGGGAGCCAGGAGGCCUGGUUGCAACCCUAGGCUUGGCUACUCAGAAGUAAGCCACAUUGAGUUAUCUGGAACUUACUUCCAGGUAAGUGUGUGUAGGACUGAAUUCUUAAUUUUUUUCCUCCUCCAGGCAUAAAGGCCAAGGUACAGUGCAAUUACCUCUGAGGGUGAGGACUGGGUUAGUUAUGCAGAAGGAUACAGCCAGAGUUUGCAUCCAGAAUCGCUUCCCUGCUUCUCCAGCUCUGAAAGGUGAAGGGUAGUAGUGCCUCAGUCAUUAGAUCACCUCCUUUGUCUGCAAAAGGUCCCAAGCUUAGUCCUUGAUGACAUCUUCAGGUAGACCUGGGAAUGUCCCCUGACAUCAUGGAGUCUCAUUGUUGCCAAUCAGUGUAUAAAAAACUGAGUUUGGUGGACCCCAUUGGUCUGGUUCUGUAUAAGGCAACUGCUUCCACUGUGGUUCCACAGUAGUCAGAGUAGACCGAGUGUAGGAGGCCAACCUGCUAUGCAAAUUUUGGAGUGGAUUUUGCACCCCUGAUGCAAAUAAUUUUGCAUUCCCAAAGGCACGCCUCAUGGAGUUCUGGAGACUCAUUUCCUGUACUUGAUCAUUUUAAGGCUGCUUUCUUCAUGGUAUUUUUAAAAACUUUGUAUUAUUUCCCUAAGCUACAGAGUAAUUCCCAAUAAAACAAGUAAAUAAGAAUCCAUAAAAAACACAGUCCAUUAAAAGAACAACAAAUCACUAAGCAACAUUUAAUAGCAGCAAUCGGACCUCUCCUCCAAAUGCCCUCCAAGAAGAUGUACCCUCUUAAAAUGCUCUUAGCUACCUUGAAAGACUGCGUGGAAAGGAAAGAAAGGGAGACUUUCCCUAAGUAUAUGAUAAAGUACUAGAACUGGGUUUUGUUCCUAAAGCCCCAAAAUAGUUUUGUAUUUUGCAGCCAACUGAGGAGAAUUUAAAUUUAAAACUUUAAAUGGAGUUACAAGUACAUAAGACAUCUAGGCCAGCAUCUUGUUUCUCAGAGGUCCAGCCCCAGGUAUUCAGAAUCUUUUGAUCAUGGAGGUUUGUGUACAGCUAGCCUGACUGGUAGCCAUAAAGAGCGUUCAUGGGUUUGUUUAAUAAUUCUCCUUCAGAGCACUGGUGAACAUCUUGGGACAUCAAAUUCCAUGGUUCCACUAUAUAUUUUGGGAAGAAGGCCUUCCUUUUGUCUGUCCUGAAUCAUCCAACAUUCAGCCUUAUUGAAUGACCCCGCUGGUUUCAUGAGAAAGGAAGAAAAACUUCUCUGUAUCUAAUUUUGCCAUACCAUGCUGAAUUUUAUAUCUCUUUAGCACAUCUCUCUCUCUCUCUCUCUCUCUCUCUCUCUCUCUCUCUCUCUCUCCCCCUCCCAACACACACACUGCUUACCCUUUUCUUAAACUAAAAAGAUUUAGAGGGCUGACAUUAUUAAACCUGACAACCUAGUUUAUUCAUUUCAAUGGAUCACUUUGGCAGAACACCCCCUAAACUAUGUCACCUUUCUCUAUAGGAGAGUUGUGCCAACCCCUUCUCUCCUUCGUUCGGGUUGCCCAUUUCUGCACCUUUUCCAGCUCUCCAAUGGCCUUUUUGAGGCACAGAAACCAGAACGGUACACAAUAUUCCAAGUCAUUACAAUAUAGGGAGAUUCCCCCUCCCCCCACUUUCCUAAAGAUCCCUCAAAAGGAAUUCACCAUAUGCAAUUGGCCCACUGAUCUCACCUGAGCAAAGCUGCUCCUGGACAUCGCCAGGACCUGGACAUCUGUGUCCAAGGCUGGAUCCAGGAGCAUUCCAAGCUGCAAACCUGAGCUUUCAAGGGGGAUGCAGCUUCAGCCAAGGCAGACUGAAUCCCCAUUCCCUGAGCUGCCAUUCUGUGACUAGGAAAACAUCUGUCUUGUUGGGAUUAAGCAUCAUUUUGUUAGCCCUUUUCUGAUCCAAUGCUAACUGCAAAUGCUAAUGUAGGAGUUGGGGGGGGGGAGAAUGGAUUUAGAUGGGAAGGAAAUAUAGAGUUGGGGGUCACCCACAUCUCAGUAGCAUCAAAUCCCCAAAGCUUGCAUGACUUCUCUGAGCAGUUUAUUAAUGAACAAGUUAAAAAAAUCUAGUCCAUGUGCAGUCCCUCCUUUAGGAUGAGAAUUGUUCAAAUGCAAGGAGAUGAGUCAGAUGAGGACUGCAGGAGUUGAGUGGCUCCAUCUACAAAAACAUUACCUGAAGGCUCACUAGGUCACCCACCUUGCGUCUGCGCUCCCUCCUCUGUGUGGGUGCCACCCAUCUGCCUUACAAAGCUGACAUCACUGCUCCUACCUUUCCUUUCUGCUCCUUUCUAGUUCUCUUUGACCCAUCAGCUACUGACAGGUCACCCUACAGGUAGGUCUAGUUGCUGUGAAGUGCUGCAAAGGCAGGCCACCACCAGCAGAUUCAGAAAGGGAGUGGACAUCUUCCUGGAAAAAGAGUGGGGGCUCAUCAGUUGAGCCCCACGGGUUUCUGGGCAGUGCCAAGAAGCGAAUGGACAGUGGCAAAACUGCCCCCCUCCAGGGCCAAACUCUCUCUUUUUUCACAUGGUCGGCCACAGAGCCAAAUCCCAGCAGCCAUCAGAAUGGUAUGCAGGAAUCCAGAACAGAUGAUGGCUUUGUGCUUUGUCUGGCCCUGCUGGAGCCAUUGGCCUGGCACACAUUGUCAGCCACAAGGAGAGGAGUUCCUGCCCACUCGCAGGGCCAAGGGUUCUCUCGUUGCCCAGCUUCUAGUCUGCCCCCUCUCCAAAGGGCAAGAGUGGAACCCUAACCCAUUUGCAUGGGUGUUUGAAGGCAGAAGUAGAGGUGGGGCUGGGGUUUUCUUGCAAUAAAUUUAACUAUGGGCAGGGAGGAUGCAAAGAACUCCCAGCCACAGUAUGCAUGGCUUAGUCCAGAGCUCUAGCGCCAUCUAACGUCUUGAUCUGGUGCACCAUGUCUCAAGGGCCAGGCAGGGUAUUGAGGAGAUGUCAGAUUUCCAGUUCCCUUAGAUUUCUUUAGAUCAGUUGAUCAAACUCUUCCAAGGGACCCCUGUGUAGAGCAUGUUAUAGUAGAUGAAUAGACUGCUGUAAUGCACUCCAUGUGGGGCUGCCUAUGGAGACUUCACAUGAAACAGAAUGCAUGUGGAGGAGAGCAUAAAAAAGCAUAGAACAAGCCUGGGCUUUCCCUGACCCAUAGGUUUGGACCCUGUUUUAUGGGUAUGAACCCCUUAAAUUUCUGCUUGAUUUAGGUGUUUAGUCUGUCUUAUUGGCUGUCUUUUAGAUUUUAUAUUGUAUAUAACGUACACUAUUUAGAGAUUUUUGAAAUAUUAAGUAGUUUAGAAUUACUUUUUUAAAAGUAUAAAUAAAUAAGUCAUCACUACUACAUACCAAAUGCCUUUAGCUCUGAUUUGCUUCUGGGCUCAAUUUAAAAUGCUAAUCUGGACCUUUCUAUCCAUAAAUGGUUUGAAUGUUGGUUUUAUUUGAUGGACCACCUGCAUAUGAAGCUGCCUGGGCCCCAGAAGCCUUCCUUGCAGGCUCGUGGCAGAUACAACAGGCUAACAGGCAUUAGAGAUGAGGCCUUUUUAGGAGUGGCUCCGGAUCUUUGGAAUUCUUGCUCAAAAGAGGUCUGCAUGGCCACAUCUUUGUUCAUUUUAAAAUGAGACUUUAAAACUUACUUGUUUCAGAUUUCAUUCUGUUAGAAGUGUGGUGAGGUGGGUUUUACCCUGCUGCUGUUUUUAGUUUUUGUAACUGGAUUCUUUCAUUUAUACUUUAAAAACUGUUUUAUGGUUUAAAGAUCUUUUGCAAGCUGCCUGGAAGAGCUUUGGCCUGAAAGGUGUUGCAGGGGAGCUUUACAUAGACAGCCUUGAAACCAGGUUGUGAGGCCUUUACAGCUUCUUCCCACUGGGGCAUUGGAGAACCUAGUUUGGUCCACAUUUGUAAGCAGGCCAACUCAUUUGCAUUUGUCAGAUGGGAUGCUUGGCCUGCAAGAGGAGAGUACAAGAGGAAAGGAGAGAUGGGCUGCAAGCAGCAGGUACCAGGAGAUGGUGGAAGCAGCCUGGAGUUCUGCAAAGGCCUCUGGAAUCUGCUGGGGAGGGGAGAUGGGGUGGGGGGUGGGUGGGAAGGCCAGCAAACAAGAGGCUGCCAUCUCCUGGACACCUGUCCUUGACCCAGUGGCUUCUCCACGCCCCUGCCUGGCCUGCCUCCUUCCCCUGCCCACUUCUUGCAAUAUCAACUGCGAGCAGAGGAAAUCCUCUGAUGCAAGCAGAAUACUAAGCAGCCAAGCUUUGUUUUCCUGGGAGAGAUUACUGACACGAAUUGCUGCAGCAGCAGCCAGCAGCUGGGCAGGCCCACAGAGGGUUGGAGGCAGGCAGGGUGCUCUCUGGUGGCCAGCUUUGUCCUUUAAGGCUUAGUCUGAAGCUGGUGCAGGUGACCAGGCACAGAGGCCAAGGCCAACCAGAAACGCUCCCUGCUGGGCUUCAGUGGGAGAGGACCAGUGGCAGUGUGGUGAGCAUCCUCCUCUGCGAUACCUGCAAUCCAUGAAAUGCUGCAGGUUCAGUGGCAAGACACCCACACCCCUCCCAGCACUUUCUGGGUGCCUUGGGAUUGGGAACAGAAGAAAAUUAAGUGGGGGUGGGGGAACCGUUGCUCAGCAAAUGUAUAUUGACAAGAGGUUUUGCAUCCACUUUGCAAGGCAAGUGAGGGGGCAUUCCCAAGAGACUCUGGAAGGAAGGAGGAAGGGGAUGCAGCAGAGGGAGAGAGGGAGAUGGUUUCCUAAACAGAGGCCUUUGGGGAGAAGUGGUCCUCAGCUUUGGCCUGGCUCAACCUCCUUGUUUAGUGGCUCGGAGGAACAUUUGUUUGUAUAUCCAUUCACUUCUUAAGGAGUUCCUGGGUUGCUAGUCACACAGUGCUGGGCAAAGCAGCCUCAUGCUUCCAAUGAGCAUGACUCAUUUUUUCCAGAGCUUGACCCUAGAGAAUGAAAGGUGUGCUUGAUUUUUGUCAUAAAAUCAUUUUAUGAACACCCUCCCUCCUUUAUAGCAUUUCCCGAACACCCUCCCUCCUUUCAGAAUCCUCUGUCCAUCUUCAUCUAUAGAGAAAUACAGAGAGCUGGAAGGGCCGGGGAGGGGAGGGGAGUUGAGCAGCUCAUGGCUUCAGCUCAGUCCUUGGAGCCCAGAGCAGCUGCUGUACGAUGGAUGCCAAGCAGGAACAGCUGCUGUAGUGCAAAAUCCUGGGUGCGCGCACACACGCACACACACACUGUGUGUCUGUCUUUUUUUUUUUUUUAAUGGAUGCAUUUUAAAUUGGCCACAGAGCUCAACCCAUGGAGUGUUUUACAACUCAGCAGCAGGAGCCCAGGCUCCCAGGGAAAGUACCGGGUUGGGCAGCGCAUCUCUUUUGCAAGGAUUACUGCAGGCUCAUGAGGAACCCUCACCACACACACACUGCUCAUUUCCCAAACUCACAACUGCCUGCACAAUUCUGAGGAGUGGGGAGGGGCUGCCCGAAGCUAGAGCAUUUGCAAGAUCCAUGCUAUGGGCAUGUUUAUGUCUUGCUCAUUGAACAUCCAAACACAUCUGCACAUCCAGCAGUGCUGGAAGAAGCUUCCUCAUCAGCACCCAUCUCAAAUUUGCAGGACUCCAGAGCAGCCUUUCAGCCCUAAAGCAAAUCACUUUCCGUCCCAAUGAAAGCUGAAGUCAGCCCCCCAAAUGGCUAGCAUAAACUGUGCAGAGCAAUACUGCCUGUGCCAAAAUGUAUUGGUCUAGUUUGGUUUUCAUUUGUUGUUUGAAGCCACUCACCAAGGAAUCUUCCUGCAGCUUCCCUGGGGUGGGAGUUCAAAAGUAGCUGGUCUGGGCUACUGUACUGGAGGUCACUUCCCCCAGGAAGAGGGCAGGGAAAGCUGAAGCCAGCUUGGAAACUGCCAGCCCUUCCAGCUUCUCCUGGAUAGCCACAAUGGCCUGGUUCUGAAGGCAGUUGUUUUGCCCUUGGGCUCUGACUAUGAGCACUUGUUUUGAACAUAGCCUUUUCUACUGUCUCCCUAGGUCAGAGGACCCUCCACCACCAGAGCGAGGACCUGGACACAGUCAUCCUAGUAAACCCUGAUGAACAGAGCACUGUGUCAGAGGUAAAGCUCUGGGGUUCCUGUCUACCUGGGGUCAAUGUAACCAAUGGGAUUACACCUCUAAGAGUUGCUACAGUGGCAUGGUGCAAAAGUUGCCCGCUUCUUGACUUUGGGGGCAAACCAGCUGCAAAUCCCUUGUGAAACCAUCCUCCUGCCCCGUCAGGAUAAAUAUUUAUGCAGGGGAGUAGAUAAAGGCCUUAAAACAAAGACGCUCCUGCAAAGCCCUGUGCUCAGGACUGCACCAAGUUUCCUCCCCCACUUCUAGGGACCUGGCUGCCUUCCUGCUUUUCCUCUCUGCCUGCAGCUAAAUUUGACUGCACAGAUUAUCCUGACCAGGUGUGGGAGGUAUUUGGGUUCCCUGCCACCCCUCCUGUGACCUUGCCUGGGGCAGGGCUGGGAUAUUAUGGGGCUGUGUCUAGAGCCCAGACUCAAGCAUGUUUAGGCAAGAUGCAAAGCUGCCUUUCAAUGGGGCUGCCUUUCCAAGCUCAUUCAUCAGACAUGGCCGUUUGCAUUAUCCGAGUGAGGGCAUCAUUUCUGCAAGUCCAAAACUCAGGAGCUGAAACUGUCUCUCCUGCUGCAAACAGGUUCGUUCCUUGAUAUGUGACCCUUCUGCCUACAAGCUGCUAGUGCUCUGUGGACAGAGCACAGACCAAGAAGGAGAUUUGAUCCUGCAGGCUGGGACCUUCACCUACCAGAAAUUUGCUGAGAUCCUUGCAGAUCCAGAGGUAAAUUGGGUGGGUAGAGAAUCUGGGAUUUGUAUGUGUAGGAAUCUGGCUGACAUAGGUGGCUUUGGAGGCCAUCCUCAGGCUGUUGUCUUCUUUUUAGUCCUAGCUUAAGUCUUUUUUCACAGCUUGUCUUGGAAAAUCCUUUGCCUAAGAUUAACACCCUGCGGUGUCAUGGGGACUGAGUUUGGAACCACCUUAAAUGAGGAUUGCUGCUACUACUGUUGUACACGUUACAAAUCUUCCCAGGCAUUCAGGAUGUGUUACCAGAACUUUAUUCACCAUGCAUUCCAACUCCUGUCUUAUUGUAGGCUUGGGAAACACUCGAUUUCCUGCAGAGGCCCCUUUCAGAUUAUUAGUCUCCAGAGUAACAUAUUUCCAGGAUGCUAUUAUUGAUACAUCUGGUGGACACCUCUGGCCACCCAAGAACAAUAGUUAGUUACAUAGGUUGACUGGUAGGUUUCCAGUUCUAGUUAAAGGUUGAGCUUGCAUGGAUUUGACUAAAAAAGACAUUUUGGGUUUUUUUGUCAAGGACCUUUUGUGGUGCUUCUGACUAUUGCCUGCUUCUGACUCUUGUAGGUUGCCCAGCUUCUCAGCAACACAGAUCCAGCUUCCAAGGCCUCCCUGACUGUGUCGUGCUUGGGAGAGGGAGAUUGGAGCAACCUAGGACACCCCCGAUUCCAGGACCUUCUCAGUCUGAGACUGAACCCUGACCCAAUUCUGCCAGAGAUGGAUGGGAUCUCUGAGUUUGCCGAGUAUGUCUCUGAGACAGUGGAUGUCCCAUCUCCCUUUGACCUCUUGGAACCCCCAACCUCAGGGGGCUUCCUCAAGCUGUCCAAGCCCUGCUGCUACAUCUUCCCUGGAGGGAGGGGGGAUUCAGCGCUCUUUGCCGUCAAUGGGUUCAACAUCCUGGUGGAUGGUGGUUCAGAGAGGAAGUCCUGUUUCUGGAAGCUGGUGCGGCACCUGGACAGAAUUGACUCUGUUCUCCUGACCCACAUUGGGGCCGAUAACCUCCCUGGCAUCAAUGGUCUCUUGCAGAGGAAGAUCGCUGAGCAGGACGAGGAGCAGUCUCAGGGCUCCACCAACUACAGUGACUGGAUGAAGAAUCUCAUCUCCCCUGAGCUUGGGGUGGUUUUCUUCAAUGUCCCUGAGAAGCUCAAAAUGCCCGAGUCUUCCAUGAAGGUCAAGAGAAGCAUUGAGGAGGCUAGCCUGACCCUGCAGUACCUCAACAGGCUGGGCGUGAAGCCAGAGCCCCUUUACAGGGUAGUCAGCAACACAAUUGAGCCCAUCACCUUGUUCCACAAAAUGGGUGUUGGGAAACUGGACAUGUAUGUCUUGAACCCAGUCAAGGAGAGCAAGGAAAUGCAGUUCCUCAUGCAGAAGUGGGCUGGGAACAGCAAGGCCAAGACGGGCAUCAUUCUGGCCAAUGGGAAGGAAGGGGAGAUCUCUGUACCCUACCUGACCUCCAUCACCGCCUUGGUUGUGUGGCUCCCAGCAAGUCCAACGGAAAAAAUAGUGCGAGUUUUGUUCCCUGGGAAUGCACCACAAAACAAGAUUUUGGAAGGGCUUGAGAAACUCAGGCACUUGGAUUUCCUGAAGUAUCCUGUUGCUACGCAGAAGGAAAUUGCCUCUGGCCUUCCCACCCUGGCACUCAAGCAGACCAAGAUCAAGCAGAGGACAGACAGCAAGGAGAGCCUCAAGUCUUCUAAGCCGGCAGCUGCCAAGGCAGGUGGUGAGGAGGGAGCAAAGGAGGUGAAGUCCGAGGUCCUCAAAGAGGCCAAGACAGAGAAGAAGGCCAAGGAGCCACUGGAAAAGCCCCCCAAGGCAGAGAAAGUAAGAAUGGACUCCAGUGAUGCCCUCAAAGCAGAGAAAAGGAAACACAGCAAGGACAAAAUGGGCAAGAAGCACCUCAAGGAGAAAGUGUCUAAGCUGGAGGAGAAAAGGGACAAGGAGAAGAAAGAGAUCAAGAAAGAGAGGAAGGAGAUUAAGAAAGACGAUGGGAAGAAAGAGGAAAGGAAGGAGUCAAAGAAAGAAGAGAAAAAGAAGGAAGCCAAGCCGGAGCUGAAAAAGAUUUCAAAGCCAGACUUGAAGUCAUUCACCCCUGAAGUGAGGAAGACUUUGUACAAGGCAAAAGCUCCUGGUCGGAUCAAAGCGGAGAAAGCUCGCAGCAAAGCUGAGAAGGACGCUACCCAUGGAGAGCCAAAAAAGGCCUUGCCUGUGCCCAGGAAGCCACCAAGCCAGCCCCCAGAACCAGCAGGCGUGGCUGAGCACAGGCUGGUCUUGUCUUCCCCAGAAGACCUCACCAAGGACUUUGAGGAGCUGAAGGCUGAAAAGCAGGCCAGGCUUCCAGAGGCACCUGGUCCUGCAGAAGGAGAGGCAGGAAAGCAGGGUCUUAGUGAUGUGGCUGCUCAGGAGACAGACCUGAUCCCAGAAGGAGUCAGUGGCCCAGACUCCUGGUCCCAAGGUGCAACAGAGGAGGAAACAGGCAAGGAGGGAGGAGGGGAAAUGCCCAAAAGACCUGAUGAGAGAGCAGCAGCCUUGGGGGAGCCCCUUGAGAGAACAGCAGAAGUCUCCGGAAAAGAAGCAGGAGAGAGAGAUAUAAUGCAGGCUUCCGGUGACUGCUCGGAAGACAAAUAUUCUGCUUUGGAAAUGAAGUGGAUGGAGACACAGGCAGAGAGGCAAAUGGACAGGAGAGACAAGGGAUUGGAACAGGCAGAGCUGGAAGGAACUGAACAGCCCCUUGCAGAGGCCAAAAGGGAAGAGGCAGAGAAGAGUGAGCUUUCUCUCUUCCAGCAGCCAGAAAGUCCCCUCUUUCCCUCCAGAGGGAAGGAAAAAGAGGCCAAGGAGGAAAGCAGACUGCCUGGGAAGCAAAGAAUGGGCAAGGGGGAGGAAGAGGAAUCCUGCCUGGGCAGCGCUCCAGCCCCACUUGGAGAACACAUCUCCUACAUCCAGGAUGAGACCAUCCCUGGCUACUCAGAGACAGAGCAGACCAUCUCCGAUGAGGAGAUCCACGAUGAGCAGGAGGAGAGGCUGCCCCAGCUCAAGACAGAUAUUAGCUCCUCUGACAUUGCGGUGCCAGACCAGACCGGCUCCUUUGAAGCUAUCCACGGGAUCCAGGCCAUGGCAGCUGCUGGCCAAGACCCUGCAGUCCUUGCCUACCCCACCAACAUUGUGGCUGCCCCCUUGGCAGAAGAGGAGCAUGUUUCUUCAGCAACAUCCAUCACAGAGUGUGACAAGCUCUCCUCUUUCGCCACCUCUGUUGCAGAGGACCAGUCUGUUGCCUCGAUAACAGCACCGCAGACAGAGGAUACUGGCAAAAGCUCCUUGCUGCUGGAUACAGUGAACAGCAUCCCUUCCUCUAGAACAGAGGCUACCCAAGGUCUGGACUAUGUUCCCUCUGCUGGCACCAUUUCUCCCACAUCUUCACUAGAGGAGGACAAAGGCUUCAAGUCUCCACCUCCAGAAGACUUCCGUAUACAAGCAGAAGGUGAAAGAAGGCUUGAGGCCUGCAAAAAGGGCCUGCAGCAGCAACAGGAACCAGAACAGGAGGAGGAGGAAGAGGAGGAGGAAGAAGAAGAUGAGACACCAAAUAUUGAGAAGCCUUGGAGAGCGCAGGGUCAUUAUGAUGCACCUUUGUUUUCUCAGCAAGGGCCCCUGGGAGAUGGUUUAACAGGAGUGCCAGUGGAAGGAUCCCAAGAGGCCGUGCUGAUACUUGACGGAGAAGCCCAGUUGCUGCAGGUAGUUGCAGGCUCUGGUGAGGCUGAAGAGCGGUGCAUGAGCCCUGAUGACAGCACAGUCAAGAUGGCAUCUCCCACCCAGUCGGGCCCCACCAGCGCUGGGCACACACCUUUCCACCAGUCCCCUGUAGAGGAGAAAUCGGACACUGUGGAGGCUGAGCUGUUUGACAAGUCUUCUGAGGCCCCUGUGAAAUGGGAUGAAGAAGGAAGUCCCAGCAAAGCCACUGAGAUCUCCAGGGCUUUUGAAGGAGAGGUUGCUGCUACUGAGGGGAUCUUUUCUGGAGAGAAAGAGGCAUCAGCUGUCCUUCAGGACAAGCCUGUCCCAGAAAGUGUGGCUGCAUCAGAAUCUGCACCUGUCCAGAGUGAGGAUCGGAGACUGCUUCUUGAGAAAGAGGAGCUGGCCAUCAGCUUCUACCACAAGCAAGAGACCCUGGACAUUUCUGACCUUUAUCCUCUCACCAAAGACACACUUCUAGAGCCCAAAGAGGGUUCUCCAUUGAAGGGAGCAGACACUACCGAGGAAGCCUCCCAGGAAAGCAUGAAGUGCCCUGCCCAUGAGGUGCUCUUCUCUGCGGCUGAAAUUCCUCCUCCAGAAGGGUGGGAGGAACUUUCCGAUAGAGCUUUUGGUGAGAGUUCUUCGCAAGUGCCCACAAAACCGCUUUCACCAGAGGAAGCAAAGGUGUUCCCAUUUAUUGAAGACACUCCUGGGAAAGCAAAAUAUUCAGAUGAUUUUGGAAUGGAAAAAAUGCCAGAAGAUGGGAAUGCCCUACAUUUCACAGAGCGCAGCUUAGGCCAAGAGGGACCCCCCGCAGUUGCUAUCAAAUACACUUCCCCAGAAGGCAGCGACAUUUCUGUGAGCCUUAGUGAAGAAACCUCUUUGCACUUGUUCACAGGAGAGAGUUCUCAACCCGAUGCUCCGUCUCUGUCUACAAAAGAGGUCCCUGCUCAGAAGUCCUCAUCAGACGUGUUCACAGAACAAUUCUCUCCUGAAAUGAGCUACCAGGCUUACACAGAGCAGAGCCCUUUUGGAAGCAAAACAUCUGAAGCUUUGGCCAAAGACAAUUCAUUUAGUUCCCUUUCAUUCCAUGGGAAGGGUCCAUUCCAAGACAGUCAUGCCACCCUCACGAUGUCUUCUGCAGACACUAUUAUGGAAGAUGCCAGAGCCGUAUCCUUAGCUGAAAAAGAGCCCAUCAAAGAACCAUCUCCAAGACCUUCCCCCAAAGAAAGUCCAGGUUCAAAGUCUUCAAGCUUCACAGAACCAAGCCCAAUUCUAGAGAAGGAGCCCUCGCAAGUCUCCUCUGAGGAGAUGGGGCCUUGUCGGUUGCUGGAAGAGGAGCAGGAUACUGAAGAGGAGGAGGAGGAGGAAGAAGAGGAAUCUCCAGAAAUGGAAGAUAUUUAUCUGAAAGACACAAACUCUGAGAAGAAAGUGUGGUUUCCAGAGGAGAUGAAGGAAGUGCCAUGCAAAGAGCAAAAGCCAAAGUAUGGGAAAGAAAGAGGGGAAUGUACCUUCUUGGAUGAGGAAGUAGAAAAACAUGAAACAAAGGCUCCUCCCAUGACUGAAGAGGGAGUGAUUUCUCACUCUGUGGCCGAGUCUGAAGAUGACAUUUCUGGACUGGCCACGAAAGACAUUUGGGACUCAGGAUACAGGCACUUCCAUGAAAACGUUGCCACUUUGAAGCAAGAGACACCUCCUGAGAAUCGCUUUCCCCAUGUGAGUGACAAGGUUGUGGCCCAGCAGAUGCCAGAAACAACAUCUGACCAAACACAGGCAUUUCCACAAGCAGCUGCUGAACACAGUGCCAUGGACACAAAGGAAUCCAAGAUGCCUGGCUCCAAAAGCCCCCCAUCUUCUGGGCUAGAAAGUGUGUCAACAUCCGGCCUGGAAUGGGCCAUACUGUCCCCUCCACACCAGGUCAAGAUUCCACCUACAACAGGGUGGAGGGAGGAGUCCCCGCUUGGGCAAGCUGAGGAGGAAGUGGCCACAGAGCCAUGGCCCAGCUCUGUGGUGGAGCCUCCUGCUUUGGAAGAGAGAGAAGCAUCUGCACCAGAGCAGCGAAAGUCCCCUGCAGUAGACCAAAGUGUGCCCACACUCCAAUCAGGAACCACAGAGAGGAGAUCAGAGGGUGAUGAUGUCUACAAAAGCAAGUGGGAUCCCAAAGAGAUGCAGGACAGAGAGCAGGAGGCUGAGGUGGAAUCUCACACUUGCUCAGAGGAAAGCCAAAAGGAGCAGGUUGUGAGGGCAGCUCUGCUGAGUCCAGUAGGAUCCCAGGAAGACAGGGCCCCUGCAGUUGUGGAGCCAGGGAAGAGUGAGUCCACCCACCUUGGAGGAAGUGGAGACCUCACAACCCCUUUGCAGGACACAAUCUCCAUUGACCAAGCAGAGCAUCACUCCUGGUUCAGCACCACAGACUCUCCCAGUCAGUCUGGGCUCUGUGAACCCAAAGUUGACACUCUUGGGAAAGGGGAAGAGAGAGAAGCAACUCCUUACCCUCAUGAGAAGACUUUCCAUUAUGCAGAUAUCUAUGAGAAUGUUGUCAUGUCUAGCAUUGGCCACUUUGGAAAAGAUGUGGGUCUUAAGAUAGGGACAACCCUUUACCCCAUCUCCUCCAAGGAAGAAGAGUCUUGCCUCUACACUCCUACUGAGAAAGAGCUCUCGUCUCCAGUUUCCCCAAAGGACAAAGCAGAGCCCUCCUUUGAGUACGCAGAGGUCCAUGCCCAGGGCCAUCCUCUUCAGAUAGCAGAGAAGCCCAGUGUACCACAGAGCUUGGCAGCCCAGGACAACCCACAGCCUGAUGAGAGCCUUGCAGACUCUUCACCUCUUCUGCCAGGAAGUCUGGUGAGCUCCCUGCCUGCAGCCUCUCUGGGGGACAAGGGCUUUACCUCCCACAUUGAUGUGGCAGGCGUGCUGAAGCAGGAGGAGACAGCUCUUUACAUUGAAGGUGCCCACCCUCCAGAUGCAAACAUCAGCCAGGAACAAAUGUCUCCUUCUCCUAAGCACUCCCUGCCCAAGGAUAUGUACUAUGAGCAAGCCAGAAGGGGAGAAGAGAGCACCAGCGACUCAGAGCUGGAGAAGGGGGCCAAGGAGAAGUCUGAAAAGGAAUCCAAGCACCCAGGGGAGCCCCCUUCAGCUCUGAAGCCAGCCAGCGAGAGGGAAGAGGAACCCUAUGCAGACAUUUCAGGAUUGGAGAAGGAGAAUUGUUUGUCAGUGACAUGGCAAGGAGCAUCCUAUGGUGCAUUGUUGGGAGAGGAGAGUCAGACAGAGAGAAGAGCCUUGAAGGCUGAGGAUGUUGCUGCCUAUGGCAGCCUUGCAGGUCCAGAAAGGGAGGAGUGGGCCUCAAGCAAGCCAUUCUCCAAAAAGGAGGAGGAGGAAGAAGAAGAGGAGGAGGAGGAGGAGGAAGAAGAAGAGGAAGAGGCCUCCAUAGGGAAAGGCUUUGCUGAUACUGACUCCAAAGGCUUCUGCUUUGGUUCUGCUGCUAAAGAGAAGGACCCUCCAAAGGGCCCAGCACUGCUGACAAAAGGACUGGAUUGCUCUUCCUCGGGCUUUGAACUCUCUUCCCUGGGCAUGCACCAGCCAUCCAUCCUGUUCCGGCACGAAGCACAUUUCUCGUCCCACUUAAGGGACAAACCCCUCGCUUUUGGCAUCCCUGAUUCUGACCCCUUUGAAAAGGGCAAGAGAGAUGAAUACUUGGAGGUAUCCAAAAAGGUUUCUAGUGAGGAUUCAUCGUUCCCAGUAGGAGGAGGGAAGCUUCUCUCUGGGGCACCCCAAGAGCAGCAGCUGCACAGGGAGUCAUCUAGCUCUCCUGAGGAAACCUUCUUGAGGGGCUCCAUCUCAACACAUCCAGCAGUCAGUGAGAGCCCCUUGUUCCCCCCCUAUCGAGGAACAGCUGCUGGGCCAGAUGCCCAGGGAGCACAGCAACCCACGUCCCCACAGCUUCCAGCAGGUUCUGCAAAGAUGUUUUCAGGUGAAAUGGGAGGAGAUGCCUCUGCCAGCUUGGGCCUGCCCUCUCUGCCCACUCAGCAGUCUAGGUCCAGCUGCACAGUUAGCUGCACACAGCAGCCCCCAAGCCCUGGAGAGUGGCCAGCAGCCACUCCCCUCCCUGACAUCCUGGCUGUUUCCCCCCAUUGCCAGCAGGAGGCAGCUGCCACUGCCAACGGGCCCACAGAGGUGAGCCUCAGCCCCCUUGCUUUCCAUGGUGGGCCACAUCUCACAGGGGCAACAAGGAGUGAGGAGGACGACGAGGAGGAAGACGAGGAGGAGAAGGAGGAUGACGAGAAGGAGGACUGUGAGAGACAAAGCCGUCCCUCUUCCUUGUUGAGCUGUGAGCCAGCUUUCCCGCCCUUCUUUCCAGAUGCCCAGCAUGGCAGCCAAGCAGAGGAUCAUGGUGACGCCUCCCAUGAGUUGGAGCCAUCUCUGGGAGCUACCUCAGAGUACGGGCAGAGGUUCUCGUGUGAGUAUAAGCAAAGGAAGGGAGAGCUGUCCCCAUCGUUCAUCAAUCCCAGUCCUCAAGAUUCAUCAGAGGAGAGUGAAUGUUCCCAGGCUGAAGGUCACCCUUCUGUGAAAGGAAGGCCACACUCCAUCCCUGGUGGCCAUAGGCAACCCCCUGCCACAACAGAAGAAACUCCCCCCACCUCCGCAAGUGACUCUGGCACCUCCCAGUCUGACUCGGAUGUCCCUCCAGAAACAGAGGAGUGCCCCUCCAUCACAGCUGACGCGGCCAUGGACUCCGACGAAGACGCCGAUUUCCUCCCAGUCGACAAAGCUGUGGGCAGCUCCCAUCACAGCAGCAGCAGCAGCAGCACAAGAGCUGGUCAUGAUCCCCCACCCAUCACCCUGGUGGACCCCCAUCCUCACCCUCCACACCCAGAUGUCUGCAUGAUGGACCCUGAGGUGCUGCUCAAUGAUCAGAACAUGAGCAGGCCUGACAAAAUAUCCAAGAAGGAUCUGAAGGAGAAAAACAAAGGGGUGAGGAAGCCACUGGGCAAGCCCAAGUCCUCUUCCCCUGCCCGGAAGCCUGAGAAAUGGUCCCCGACCCCCUUGAAGCAACAGCCACCAGACCGGCCUCCAAAGCCAGCACUGGCCAAGAGAGAGAAGCCCCUGAAGGCCCAUGGAGAUGAGACAGGUCCCCCCAACCCUGGCAAGAACCUUGUCAACGGCGUCAAAACCAGCCCAGGUAAGACUGAGCAGAGGCCUGGCUCUCUUGGUGGGAAUUGUGGGGGCGUCUGUGCUGUCAGCUCUGGUUGUCAAGCCAUUUGUCUUCUGCCCAAAGUCAGGGAGACUUUCCCAGAACCAGGAUGUGCUGCUUCUGCUCCCUGGUUUAGGGUCAAAGAUUGCCAGAAGCACUUCCUGUGGAUUUAAUCUUGGGCAUGAAUGACAAAUCAGUCCUACCUUUUCCUGAUGGAAAAUACACUGUCUCCAGUUCUGAAACGCUGCACUCUGGUGUGGCUAUUACCAAAUACAUUAUUAUGAGGGGGAAUCUCUCUGGAGGGAUCUCAGGCAGAGAUGCAAAGGGAUCACCAGCCAGGUGAGCCCUCCACUGUCAGAGGUGAUAGGUUCUUGAGACCCAGUUGCUGCAGACUGCAAGCAGGGAGAGUCCUGCUGUUGCGCUCACGUUCUGCUUGGAGGCUUCUUCCCUUUGGGGCUUUUGGUUGGCCAAGGGGAGAGCAGAGUGCUGGACUGUGAUGAACUUCCUCUGGCCUGACCCUACUGCAGCUACAGGAUUCUUCUUAGGCAGUAAUUCAGACUGUGGAGCUCUGUCUUGGGCCCUAUAAUAGUCUGCCUUUCUAUAAACGCAUUGGAUGAAGGAUGGAAUUGUUGAUUUAAGCAGAGUCUCGUGCCCAGCGGAAGGAUGAGGAAUACGUGCUACAUACUCUAUAUUGCUUUAUUUACAGUUCAAAGCUGGUAUAUUACAGAAAGACAUCUUGCCUCUGCCGGAGCAGAAAAAUGCAUCCUCUCUCCUCGACAGCUCGGAGAGAAUCACACAGUGAAAAACAGGAAACCAGUGUACGUCACAUCCAGUCUCCCUUUCCCGUGAGAAACUCCAACAGUACAGACUGUGGAAUGUAAACACCUGUCUCGUGACAAGCAGAGCUGCACAGUGAAGGAAAGCAGAAACCAACAUCCUCCCCUUUCUGUGAACAUCACUGGGCAGCGUGUUUGCACAAUAUCAGUACAAACCCAACUUCUGCACAUAGGUACAGUGUUGAUCCCUUGAUACAAUCUUGGACAAUACAUCAGCAGGAAUUUCAUUACCUGGCAUAUAGGACACCGUUACGAGUCCCUUCUGAAUACAUUCCCUAGCAUGCUGCAACUUUAAUUGCAAGUGCUUUGUGCUUUGCUUACAACCUUCAGACUUCAGCAAAGCCAAACAUGCUUUGUUGUCCUGGUAAACCUGGAUUGGACAUUUGACAGGAAUUUUCAUAUCUUUGCACAAUUGUACUAACCAUUCACAAUCCUUAAGUGAAUAAGACAGUGCAUUCAGUUCGGCUUCACAAGUACUUAAGCUAACUGUUGUUUGCUUCUUGCAUGACCAAUCAAACAGACUCUGAUUGUACAUGUAGCAAACUCCAGACGUACUUUUCCUGUCUGUAGCGUCACUUCCAAAACUUGCAUCUGCAAAUAUCUCAAGACCACCAGACUUCUGAUUGUUAAAUCUCAGUCUGUAAUGCAUAGUGCCUUUCAAAUACCGCGCUAUGCGUUUCAGAGCUUUCCAAUCCUUGACACUAGGAUUGUUGACUUGUCUGCUUAGCAAAUUACAGCUAACAGCAAUGUCUGGUCUUGAACAUCUGGCAAUGAAGUUUAGCUUGCCUAGCACACUCCUGUACAGUGUAGUGUCAGAAAAUGCUUCUUCAGUGUCAUCUACCUGAUAACCUGUUGUCAUCGGUGUGUCUACAGGGUUAGCAUCCAUCAGAUUUAGUUUGCUUAACACAUCAGCAAUUUUCCGUGACUGGUGUACUAGAAUGUUACCAUCUUGAUCUCUCUCUAUUUCCAGAGAUAGGUAGUUGUUUACCUCACCAAGAUCUUUCAUGUCAAAGUGCUCUUUCAGUUGAGCUAGGGCGCUAUUGUACAUUGCAACAUCUUUCCAAAAGAAUAAUAAAUCAUCAACAUAAAACAAACAGUACAGUUUCUUUUGCCCCUCCUCUUUGACAAAUACACAUGGAUCAGCUUUCCCUUGCUGAAAACCUAGAGAAAACAAUACUUCAGUGAGUUUUGUGUGCCAACACCGUGCACUUUGUUUGAGACCAUAAAGGGAUUUCUUCAGAGCACAAACAAAUCCCUGUUUUACCUGUACGCCAUCAGGUGGAAGCAUAUAAAGUGAUUCAUCUAGAGAUCCGUACAGAAAAGCUGUAUUAAUAUCAUGGUGACUAAUGUGUAGAUUUUCCUCUGCAGCUAGCUUGAGCAUAAGCCUAAUGCUUUCAUAUCUCACUGUGGGUGAAUAGGUCUCGUGAUAGUCUUCACCUGGUACCUGUGCAAAACCUCUGGCUACCAAUCUGGCUUUGUGUCUGACUAUCUUGCCAUUUUGAUCUGUCUUCGCUUUGAAGACCCAUUUGCUUCCAAGCAGUUUCAUUCCUGGAACUACUGGAACUAGCUCCCAUGUUUUGUUCCUUUCUAAGGAAUCAAGCUCAGCCUUCAUGGCAUUUAACCAUGGCUCAGCUUCCUUCGAAUCCAAACCCUGGAUUUCUUGGAAACUUGAAGGUUCAAAUACCUUCUUGGAGCUUUUAACAGCUGUUACUGCUAUCUUAGCAAACUCAUCAGCAAAUCUCUUUGGAGGUUUGCCUUUGUGGCUCUCUGUGACCUACGAAUUAGCCUUAAGUCUUCAACACUCUCCUCUUCCUUCUUAGGAGAAAAACGACCUAUUGUGAACAAUGGUUCUUCCAAUUCUUGAUCAGAGCUUUCAGAGGGUCGCAUAGAGGCUUUCGCACUCUCGAAAUCCUCUGAAUCACCCGAUUCAGUUUCAGAUUCAGACUCAGAACUUUCAUCAGUGGGUGUGGGUUGUUGUGGUUGCUUUUGACUAUCCUCAGUCUCAUCACCGUCAUCAGGAUAACAUUGGAAAAUUCCCACAUUCUCCCCCCCACUUUGCAUUGUACUCAACACUUCUCGUGAGCUUAAUUGUCUUAGAGUCAGUCAUCAUUAUUCUGUAAGACCCUUUCUGAUAACCUAGAAAGAUACCAUGCAAUCCACGCUUGUCUAACUUGGAGUUUUGUGGUGAGCGAACCCACAUGUCAGAACCAAAAUCUUCAUGUGUUUGAUGUAUGGCUUCUUGCCAAACAUCUUCUCAUAGGAGUACAACCAAUCGCUGAAGAUAACCUGCGAUUGUAACUGUAAACAAAACACGAGAGAGAUUCGGCCCAAUAACUCUCUGGAAGAUUGGCAUCAUGCAGCAAGGUCUUUAACCCUUGAAGCAAAGUCUGAUUUGCCCGUUCCGCAAGUCCAUUCUGCCAUGGCGAGCGAGGACUAGACAAAUCGUGUUGAAUUCCUUUCUCAGUCAGAAAAGCUUCAAACUGCUGAGAAGUGAAUUCCCCAGCGAUCACUGAAAAGAGUCUUUAUCUUCUUACCAUGCACAUUUUCCAACCAAGCACAGAAUUCCUUGAACCUAGGAAAAGCCUCCGAUUUCUGCUUGAGAUUGUACACAAAAAUAUAUCUAGAAAAUGCAUCAAUGAGAACCAUGAAGUAUCUAUUUCCACCCAAAGAGGGCGCUAGUGGUCCAACCAAAUCAGCAUGAACAACCUGGUAUGGUUCUGUAGCUUUCCUACUAGACACCUUACCUUUCGCAGCCAUUUUACCUUGUUUGCUGCGCAUGCUUUGCACUUCAUGUGGUACCUGCAGGGUUUAAUAGUCAUACCUUCAACCAAGGCAGGCAUUUUAGAUACUGCCUCAAAAUGCAAAUGACCAAAUUUUCGAUGAAAAUCGUGAAUACAUUCUGCAUGCAAACUUUUGUUAGAACCUGCAAUGCAACAAGUGUCAUUCUGCACCACAUCAUCAUAAUACAAAACAAACAAAUGAUCAACAUAUUCUGCAUGCAAUACAUAAUCAUUUUUCUUUGUGAUGACGCACUUCUUGUUCUUGAAGGAAACGUCAAUGUUCCGCUCAUUCAGCUGUCCAACGCUGAGCAGAUUAUGUUUGGCGUCUGGCACGUAAAGCACAUUCUGUAUCGAUAAGUCCAAACUGUGAAGAACAACAGUUCCGUAGCCUUUACUGGGAAUAGUGUGGUCAUCCGCCUGGUGAAUCGCACCUUCCUGCGGUGUAAAAGACACAAACAGUCUCUUAUCGUUGCACAUGUGGUGGGUGGCCGCUGAAUCAACAACGAAGAAAGAUCUAGACGUCUUCUGGACCUCUGCAACCUUUGGAGUGAAGCGUGAAACCAUAGCCUUGUGCUGCGUUGUCCUAGACACCGGACCUUUGCCUUUGCCUCGGCCUUUUCCGCGCGAUGAGCUUUCGCUGCGCUGCUCUGUCUUGGCCCUGGGAUGUCUGCAUUCCCUCUUCAUAUGGCCUAGACGUCCACACGAGUAGCAUUUGACUGCCUUCAAAGCUUUGGCGCCAUCUGGUGGUUCCACUGCACUAUGGGAUGACGUCUGUGAAGACUCCCCUUGCCCAUGCAGCUAGCACCCCGGCGAUCUGCUUCAUUUAAAAUCACGGCAGUAACAAAGUCCACUGUCAGCUGAGCAGUUGGUUGCACAGCAAUCUGGGUUGCAACAGACUCCCAACCUGAACCCAAAGAUUGUAGUAUCAUGAAAGAAUACACAGCCUCUGGAAAGUUGAGUCCUCUCUGUUGCAGCUCAUGUCUCAGAUUUUGUAUCUCCAUCAGAUGUAAACGCACAUCUCCACCUUCAGCAAGAGCCAUAUUAUGCAGCUUGUUAAAGUAAAACAUAGUGGAUCCAGCUUCUGUCCUUAAGUGAGCCUCUCUCAAAGCGUCCCAAAUUUCUCUGGCUGAGGUCUUAUCACGCAAUAGACAGAGCUCUUCUGGGGAUACUAUCAAUGUAAGAGUUCCCCUUGCUUUGGAAUCCUUAGCUUUCCAUGCAUCUGUAACUGGAACUGGGGGGGGUUUCUGUAAUCACCUCAAACAAACCCUCUUUCCGCAGAAUUGCCUCUGCAUACUGAACCCAGUUGGCAUAAUUUUUCUUGUUGAGCUUGGGAAUCCCACAAGCAUCCUGAAGGGCCAUCAUGACUCUGGCAUUAGCCUUCAGCGUCAUAUGCUGCUUUAAAUCUUGCUGCGUCACUGCUGCAGCUGCCUUAUUACAAAGGCACACUUAAAAGUUACUUCGAUUUCCCAGCAUAGUGACUUGUGCCUGGGAGCCUUUGCCUAUUCCCGGCAAAACCGGCUUUAAAGUUCAAAGUCCAGCCAUAAAGCCAUUAACUUGAAGCUGGCAGGCUGCCCGGAGCAGUAGCACAUACCUCAUCAAUCACUUCUACGCGCAGAGCAGAUUCCGUUCCGAUCCGUCCCUCUGCAUUCCGAUCCUUUGCCGGCACUCCGAUUCGACUUCUGGAGUCCAUAACCACGUGUUGAUUUAAGCAGAGUCUCGUGCCCAGCGGAAAGAUGAGGAAUACGUGCUACAUACUCUAUAUUGCUUUAUUUACAGUUCAAAGCUGGUAUAUUACAGAAAGACAUCUUGCCUCUGCCGGAGCAGAAAAAUGCAUCCUCUCUCCUCGACAGCUCGGAGAGAAUCACACAGUGAAAAACAGGAAACCAGUGUACGUCACAUCCAGUCUCCCUUUCCCGUGAGAAACUCCAACAGUACAGACUGUGGAAUGUAAACACCUGUCUCGUGACAAGCAGAGCUGCACAGUGAAGGAAAGCAGAAACCAACAGGAAUCUCAGAGAACCCUAGAAGGCAGGGCCAGGCUUGUUUGUGUGGAGGGGGGAGGGAGGCCCCUUCACUUGCUCCAAAGAGUCAGAAGCUGAUCCUUUCCUCCACCAGCAGGAGGUGCUAUGCUGGAAGUGGAAGGUGGUCCUUGGGCUCCCAGUAGAACACCUCUUUGCAGAACUGGGCAAAGUGGGCUGUGAUUGCAUAGGGAGGACCGAAGUCAUGCCCUCAGGCUGUUGUUGGCCCCCAGUCACACUGGCAAAGGUAAAUGGCAGUGAGAGCUGUCCAGUGGCAUCUGGGAGGGCAACAAUUUGGCCACUAUUGCGUGAUCAGCUUCUCCCAGUGUAUUCCAGUUUGCUUUUCUCUUAGCUUCUCCUGGCUCCUUGACUUUUCCAUUCUAAAGAGAGGAGCUGAAGUGGGCCAGUUGUGGGAUGUGAAGAAAUGUUAAGAAUGAUGUUAUGUGAGAGAUCCCUAGUUGGCGCAUUUUCAUCAGGAGAAAUACAAAUAAAUCAAGAAAAGAUAAUUGUGGUAGGAGUGUAUGCCCCAAAUAAUAAUAAAUCUGAAUUUUAGAGGAAAUUGGAAGAAAAUCUUUGGGAACUUGAGAAUGGAAAGAUAAUUUUGAGAUUUUAAUGGAGUUAUAUCUAUCGAAAUGGAUAGAACCCAGAGAGGGGGGGAAUCAAACUCAGGCAGACUACCAUUAUCGUUUUUUCAGCUGACAGAUAAUCUUAAUUUAUUUGAUACUUGGAGACUGAAGCAUCCUACUGAAAAGGAUAUUACCUAUUUUUCCAAAGAUAAAAAAUCGGGAGGGAGAAUAGAUGCAAUUUGAGUCUGGUAAAAGCAGAGAUUUUGAACAAAUCUCUCACAGAUCAUAAUCCAGUUACUAUACACAUAAAAAACAUAUGAGGGAGGUAGAGGAUGAAUGAUGAGAUAUGGAGAGAUGAGCAAAAGGUGAAUAAAAUGAGGGAAUUGUUGAAGGAAUUUUUCGCAAUUAACAAGAGACAAGGGACAGAUAGGAAAAUCAUUUGGGAUACCAGUAAAGCCUAUAUGAGAGGAAUUGGAAUACAACAAAUGGCGAGAAUAAGGAAGGGUAAAGAAAAUGAUAUUGUGGAAAUAAAUAAACAGAUAAGGGAGAACGAAAAAGAAUUGUUGAAAAAUCCAAAACAAGAGAGUAUAAUCCAAAAUAUUAAAAUUCUACAAUCCCAAUUAACUAAUUUAAUAAAGAGGUGGAAAAUAAGAUUAAAUGGGCAAAACAAAGGUACCGCAUUUUUCGCUCUAUAAGAUGCACCUAGUUUUUGGAGGUUGAAAAUAAGGAAAAAAAUAUUCUGAAUCCCGGAAGCCAGAACAGCAAGAGGGAUCACUGACAGAUAAGUGACAGUGACAGAUAUAAUAAGACAAAAACUAAAAAGUGUUGUGAAAAAGGAAUGGGAGUACCUAAACAAAUACCUUAAAAGACAAGGUUCGAGGACAGAAACCUGGCUGAGUCUGGAAUAACCUUGUGAAGUGAAAGGAUAAGAAAGAGGGAUAUAUAUUUAGAUGCUGGGAUAGAGAUGAUAAGGAAAACAGGAAGAUACAAUGAGAGGUAAAGGAGGUGCUGUGGGAUUGGUGGAAGUCAACGUUUGUUUUCCUUUUUAGUGUUUAUACUAUUAAUUUGUAAGUUUUGGAUUUGUUUUUCAUAUGUUUGUUUUUGUGUUUUGUGUAUUGCUAUUUUUCGUUUUCUGUUUCUUGUUGUGUGGAAAAUAUUAAUAAAAUUUACUAUUUUUUUUAAAAAGAACGAUGUUAUGUGAGAGAUCCCUAGUUGGGGCAUUUUCACCAGGAGCUGAUGGGCUGGCAACUACCCUGCUCAGUUGCCACCAGCUGGUUUAAUGUCCCUUCCCUCUUCUCUCUCCCUAAGUCUCCAGCAACCCCAAAAGCAGCUCCUCUGUGCCCCCUGGGCCCCCCAUCUAUGUGGACCUGGCUUACAUCCCCAAUCACUGCAGUGGGAAGAACACGGACCAGGAAUUCUUCAAGAGGGUCCGGGCCUCCUACUACGUCAUGAGCGGCAACGACCCAGGCAGCGGGGAGCCCAGUCGCACAGUGUUGGACGCCCUCCUGGAAGGGAAGGCCCAGUGGGGGGAGAACCUGCAGGUAUGGGCUGGGCUGGCUUCUCUGUGGAGCCAGUGGGGGGAGGAGAGGGCGAGAGUUUGCAAGCAUGCCUAAGGGCUACAGCAGAGCAUGGCUCAUGGAGAGCUUACUUUCUCUGCAAAGUAUGACUUCUCAGUGCAACAAGAACUGGUCACUUGAAGGGAAACUGCCUAGGUCAGUCCUGGCAAGCCACCAGGCAAGCCAGUGCUCAGCUACUGCUUGGUCUCAUCUGGCCAGGAAGGCAUUGUCUCCAUUGGCCCACCCAGCCACCUCUCCUUGGCCUAGAAUAAUUCUGAGCCAAGUCCAAAGAGGGAGGCCCACUCACCUCCACCAGAUCUGCUCCAGCUGCUGGAAAAAUUAGCUCCAGCCUGCUCCUUUGACCCAACCCUGCAGCAAACCUCCUUCUGCCUCUGCAAGGGAUGCUCUAUUAACCAGAGGUAGCUGCCUUGUUUCCUGGCCCUGCUGUGAUUGGCCAGAGCACCAGGGAAACCCCUUCCCAGCCUGUCUCUUGUGCUUCCUCAGGUGACUCUCAUCCCAACACACGACACGGAAGUGACCCGGGAAUGGUACCAACAGACCCACGAGAAGCAGCAGGAGCUAAGCAUCAUGGUCCUGGCCAGCAGCAGCACAGUGGUGAUGCAGGAUGAGUCCUUUCCUGCAUGCAAGAUCGAGUUCUGAGGCCCCCCUGGCUGCAGCAGCGCGUCUCAUCCGUCCAUCCGCCUUCCCCACCCCCCCUCCAUGCAGCACUGGGAGAUCCAUCUACUCACAGCGCAAGUCUCCUUCCUGUCCCAAAUGUGGUCUGGAUUUGCUGGGCACAUGCUGCCUGCACAUGGCUCUUGUUUGCCACCAUGCCCAGGACGUGUCCAUCAUGCCUGGAUGUGUGUGGAGUGGAGGGACCCUCUUGGGAGCUGCUUCACUUUUCCAGAUUUAUUUUGCUGCCUCCGUCAUUGCUGUAGAAUAAUUCAGCUGCUUUGAUGCUGCUUGCGAAAGCGCUGCCCCCCCUCCCCGCUUCCUUGCCUGAGGGCUCUUCUGCAGGGUCAGACCUCCAGAACUUUGUCCGACUUAGCCCACGGGGUAGCUUCAGAUGGAAGCAGCACAAGAGACCAGUAAAAAGGAGGAUGAGAGCAGGAAGAGAAAGAGAGACACCAUUCCUCAGCCUCUCAGGUGUGAAGUGAGAACUGAGCUGGGAGGAGGAGGAGGAAGAGGAGAUGAUGACACAGAAAAGUGGAAACCGGCUUGCUUGCCCCCCAACACUCUGCCAAAGCUGUGCUGGAAAAAGACUCCAGCCUGGCGCACCAAGGAGUACAUUGCAGAGAAGCCCUUCAGCUCUGCAGUCAGAAUAUGCCAAAUACUGCAUCUUCAGCAGUGCCAGAGGUGAAGCUGGCCCCUGCCAAGUGACUCUGCCCCUUGGAGGAGGAUCAUGUUUAUAAAGUCCCAGUAUUUCCCUGUGAGCAAAGUGGCUAGAAGGGGGGGGGAAAUUGGGGUAGGUGGGUGGGGACUGGAUCCCUCUGGGGAUGGAGCUGGCACUGCUACACAUACAAGGACAUCCUUUUCUCCCGUUUGCUAGAACUGAGGGCCAAGCCAAGUGAAGGGGGUGUUUGCAGGCUCUUCCUCCAGCUCCCCGCAUGCACUGCCAUUCUCCUUGCAGCUAUUGCACAUAGCAUUAGAGGCCCUUCAAGCUGUCAGCAGCCAGUGAGGGCCCCCGUUUUCGUCCUCUGUGCUGCUGGCAAAGCCAGGGCUGAUGUCCCAGCACAUUGUAGCCACAGGGAGGGAGGGGGCAGAGCACACUUGAGAAGUCACAAAUCAUGGGUGUGAAGCUUUGGGCAAGCUCUGAAAAAGGCUUACAGAGUCUUUGGGUGUGGCUCUUGGUCUAGGAAAGAAUGUGCUCAGCCCUCUUAGCUGGUCUAAAUUGUUCCUGCCAUCAGACUGGCAAAAAAGGAAAAAAGGAAAGAAAAAGUGGAGCUGGGGAGAAUCCCAUAGGAACUAUUUUUCUGGUCACUUGUCUAUAUAUUUAUUUUGGGUUUCUUUGGGUUGUAAUUGGAACUGACCUUUUAUUGGAACUGUGUAUGUUAUUUUGUGUGAGUGUGUGUGUGUGUGUGUGUGUUUAAAAUAUUUUUACUGUGAGCUGCCAUCACCACACUGAAGGCUUCUGGGUUUCAGGGCACAGGGUAAACAUCACAUUUCUAAAUGCAGUAAGCUUGACAGAUGAUAGACAAGCCCCUGCCCCCCUGCCUUCCCCCUGGCAUUUGGUUCUGCAGCCUCCAGGGGCUCAGUUCCAUGCUCCAGCUCCCUGCCCGGCAGGAAGGGGCCCAGCAAGCCCAAUUGUUGCUUUCCUGUUGAGCUUAUCCAUUGUGGUUUGGGUCUUGGACUUGCCCUCAUGGCUUGUGCUGAGGCAGCAGCCAGAGACCAGUGCCUACAAGCCAUGUACACUCAGGCCCAGCAGCAGAGGUGGUGGGUCCCUGGGCCUGGACAGACAAGCUGCUGCGCUAACCCACCUAUGAAUGUGUCUAUCUUAAAACUUGAAGCAGGGGCCAGUGGGAUUUAGACCCACUGCUCCAUCAGAGGAGAAAGUACUUCAGGGGAAUAUCUUCCCCCACAUCCCUCCCCACCCCAUGGUUACUCAAUGAUCUGCUCUCCACAACCCCAAUUUCCCCACCCAACCAGCUUGAGUCCUUCCCCAAAAUUUGUAGUUUUGAAGCUGGCUUCAGCAUCUCCCUUCUUCACGUUCUAUGGCAAACCUUGUAAAAACUGCUGUUUAUAAUGCACCCAGACUGAGCUCCAUUAGCAAUCCCACCACCACCCACCCAGAGGGACCGGUGGGGAGCCCAGGAAAGAAAUGACGAGAAAGACAUUGAGCUCCUGCUUCUGCUUGUUCCUGCAUGGGGGCCCCAGCACGCAAUUCCUCCUCUGCUGCGUCAUGCUCAUGGGGACCUUUCUCAAAGGCAGCAGCGGCGAGAAGGACUUUAAGGCCAGCUCCCGUUGCUACUGAAUGUUGUAUAAAUAGAGCCCAGUGCUCCCCCCGCCAUCCUCCUCUCCUCCAUGUUAUGUACAAUCCAAGGUCCUGAGUUUCCUCUUCCCCCCUCCCCUCGCAUUUCUGUGUGCAACUCUCUGUAAUUCUAAUGAUUGUAAAUGGAGGGGCCUGCACUAACCAAUAAAGCCACAUUAACUGCGACUCAGAA